AUGACUCGCAUGGGCUCCCAACAUCUAAGGGACGUCUCCGCUUUAAUGCUGGUGUACGCUCUUUUGAAGGAACCACGAAAAACGUUCCGUCGGUGGACGGGUAAGAUGGCCCGUCACAUCAAAAAGAUUCCGGAUGUUGUCGUUGAGGUCGCCAAAAUGAUCCUCAACGUGAAAGAACGCGCUCGCGUUUUGCGCUGCGCCAAGUUUUGCGUUCUUUUCGAAAAACUCGAAACGUUCAUGAGAGAGUGUUCGUCGCAAUUAUCAAAUAAUGAUAUCAGUAAAGAAUGGAUCCGAGAUUUGACCUUCUCGGACGACGAACACUCCGGGGACGAAGAUGACGUCGUGAACGAUAGUGACGUAGACGAAGUUAUCGGCGGCGAUGAUUGCGUAGACGUCAUUAUGGAAAGCGACGCGUCCAAAACCGAUCACGAUGAUAAAAUCCGGAUUCGUGAUUUGAAUCACGAGCAAAGGUUAUUGACCGCCGUUAUGGAUUCUGUAAAUAGGAAUCAGAAUAGGGCCUUUGUUUUAAUAGAGCCGGGGCGCACAGGUAAAACCGUACUUCUUAACGCCAUCUUGGAAGAGAUAGACAAGUAUGAUUACCUGGAGUCAGCUUUCACGCGGAUUGUGGCCACUUUGCUAAAAAACGGGGCAACUGCACACACCACGUCUGGGUUGCCAUUGAGGAGGAAGCAGGAUCCAGAGUCUUCCAUGCUAACUUCCAAUUUAGUUGCUCAAUCUGAGGAGGCGGCGAAAAUCGGGGCUGCCAAGCUCGUUGUCAUCGAUGAAGUUUUCAUGCUUACUAAGUGGAUGUUGGAUUUGAUUGAAAAUACUUGUAGGUUGUUUAGUCGGGGUCCCAAUUCCACUCGUCGUUUCGGGGGCAAAACUGUGAUUCUUAACGGAGAUCCCAAGCAGUUGUUGCCCGUCGUCAGAGGGUCGUCCGGUCGGAUGGCUGCCAUCAUGGAGUCGAUCGUUGCUUCGAUUUUGUGGGCGAAUUUGGAAAAGGUGACGCUGCACAGAAAUAUGCGCUUCAGUGACGCAGAAGUUGCAUGGACUAACUGGGUUGGACAAUUGGGAGCGGGUAAAAUUCAGGGGGCAAGUCAACCAUCAAGCUACGAUCGCGAUUUUACAUAA